AUGGGUCCACCCGUUAAACGUCGCAAGACCUCCAAGGUCGAAGAAGUCAGUUUCGACGCAGCCGCCCGCGAAGAAUUCUUGACUGGAUUUCGGAAGCGAAAGCAACAGCGCAUCAAGCAUGCGCAGGAGAUCGCGAUCAAGCGGAUGAAAGAAGAGAAGCGACAGGAUCGCGCAAAGCUUCGUGAAGAGCGAGCAGCAGAAUUCAGACGAGCGAUGGAAGAGCACAAACUACAGCUGAAGCGUCUCAAGGAGGAGGACAUGAGUGAUAAUAGCGACACAAAUGCCGACGAGGAGAGCGACGACGAAUGGGAGGGUAUUGAGGAACCGCCCGCGGUUGACUACGAGGCCGAAUAUAUCGACGAAGACAAGUACACUACCGUCACCGUGGAGGAGAUAGACUCUUCGAGAGAGGGCCUACGCAAGUCGAUUCUGGGAGAAGACUCGGACGAGGAAGAGAACAAGGCCAAGGCAGAGGCAGCUGCGAAGAAGAGGGAGGAGGAAGAAGCCGAGGCCGCCAAAAAGAGGAAAGUGACGGCCGACAAGCCCAAGAAGAAGAAGAAGCAGUUCCGGUAUGAAAGCAAGCAGGAUCGGAAACUCGCGGCUGCCAAGCAGCGCUUGACAAAGGCGAAGAAGGCCAAGGCCCGGAGGGAGAAAUGA